CGAACGUCAUGGUGGGGGUGGGGCGGGGCGCGACGGUGUGUGGCAUCAUGGAUGCCAUGGCUUCCAGGCCCAGGGAAGGCACAGUUGAACUCAACUGCACCGGUUCCCGUUGGUUGAGGUUGAGAAGGCACAUUGCAGGAAAAGCAAGCAGGCACGUCCGGCCGUCCUCAAUGGGUCUGGCACUGCCUGGUCCAAGAGGCAGCUGCCCGAAAAACCCCGCAGUCGGGACGCUGUAGCUCCCCCAGCACAGCAAAUGUGUUGAAUCAGACGCCGCGCAAACGGCCCAGGUAAAAAAAGUAAAAACCCCGCACAUCGCGCUGCUCCCAAACCGAACUCGAUCUCACUUUUCCAACAUCCUCGUCUCUUCCACAUAGCAAAGUACUCCAAUUCCACUCGACUGCCUCCCUCCGAUCCAUACAAACACUAGCUGAAGCUGUAUAAUAGCUUACCGCAACAAUGGGCGUCAUCAGCGACCUCAACCUCAAGCCCGGCGUCCUCUACGGAGAUGACGUCCUCAAGCUGUUCGAGUAUGCUAAGAACAAGGGUUUUGCUUUGCCCGCCAUCAACCUGACUUCGUCGUCGACCACUGUCGCCGCCCUCGAGGCUGCCCGCGACUCCAAGUCCCCCAUCGUCCUGCAGAUGUCGCAAGGUGGCGCCGCCUACUUCGCUGGCAAGGGCGUGGCCAACGGCAACCAGGAGGCUUCGAUCGCCGGUGCCAUCGCUGCCGCUCACUACAUCCGGUCUCUGGCCCCCAUCUACGGCGUCCCCGUCGUGCUCCACACCGACCACUGUGCCAAGAAGCUGCUGCCAUGGCUCGACGGCAUGCUGGACGCCGACGAGGCCUUCUUCAAGGAGCACGGCACCCCUCUUUUCAGCUCCCACAUGAUCGACCUGUCGGAGGAGCCUCGUGACUGGAACAUCGAGACCACGGCCAAGUACCUGAAGCGCGCCGCCCCGAUGAAGCAAUGGCUGGAGAUGGAGAUCGGCCUGACUGGUGGUGAGGAGGAUGGUGUCAACAACGAGGAUGUCGACAACAACUCCCUCUACACCCAGCCCGAGGACAUCUGGGCCAUCCACCAGGCUCUCUCCCCCAUCUCCCCCUACUUCUCCAUCGCCGCCGGCUUCGGAAACGUUCACGGCGUCUACAAGCCCGGCAACGUCCGCCUGCACCCCGAGCUGCUGCAAAAGCACCAGAACUACGUCAAGGAGAAGCUCGGCAAGCCCGAGGACAAGCCUGUCUUCUUCGUCUUCCACGGUGGCUCGGGCUCGGCGGACAAGGAGUUCCAGGAGGCCAUCUCGUAUGGUGUCAUCAAGGUCAACCUGGACACGGAUCUGCAGUGGGCGUACAUGUCGGGCAUCCGUGAUUACGUUACUGGCAAGAUCGAGUACCUGAACACGCAGGUCGGCAACCCCGACGGCACCGACAAGCCAAACAAGAAGUACUACGACCCUCGCGUCUGGGUCAGGGAAGGCGAGAAGACCAUGAAGACCCGCAUCCAGCAGGCAUUCAAGGUGUUCAACUCGGAGAACUCUCUGUAAGCCAGCGGCCAUGGGAUGUGCUUGAAAAGAGUAUCGAACCUCUUCUAGACCAAAAGCUGUCGUAUGGAGUCGACGAGGAUAAAUAAUACCCUGAG